AUUAUUUCGCAUUGCAUGCGUUCGUUCUGUCCUUACCUGUACUUGUCCUGCUGCAGCGCAGUCGCGCUUUUUGUCUUCGCUGGCCGUAUUCCUGCAUCAUCUUCUCUUCUCUUCUCUUCCCUUCCCUUCCCCUCUACCACUCUGUCUUCACUACGCCGCGAGAGUGUGUAUGUGUGUGUGUGGAGUACCACCUCGAAAUAUUCACGUUUCCCACGCCAUCACUUCACGAGGUGAGGUGAGGUGAACAGGCCCGCCCCCAAUCUCUCCCACCACGGUCAGGCCGGGACGCGAUUAUUUGCAACACGCGACUCAGCCCAAUAGAAAUACCUCUACUGCCAGGCUCCCUGAGGACUACCUACUCGCGUUCUUUGCCAGCGCAUCAUACCAACGGUCACUGUGCAUAUCUGCCGAGCACCUCCCGCCUGCCUGUAUUUCGACUUCUUCCCACACUCGGACCGGCAACAUUCUUGCUGCCUAUACGCCUGCCUUCUUUCCUGGGCCCGAUCGCAUCGCUUCAUCAAUCGCUCAGGGGCCUUAACCCUGCACUCGCUGCACACCUCACACCACCACCUCACCUCAUCAGCCUGCAUAUAUAUAUAGAGGUGGAAGCGGCACCGUCUCUCCACGAUGCCGCUCUUCUCUCGGUUUAAGAGCAAGGGAGUGCAGCCGACAUUGAAGAAAGGCGAUCUCGAGAAUGGCACGCCUGCUGUUCAGCGGCCCGCGCGCUGGCAGUCACGAUGGGAGAGCACGACGAUUGAGCCAGACGAGGUCGUGGAUUUGGUGCACGCAUGUACCGCCGAGAUGAAGAAGAGAGCGGAGGCAUUGGAGGCGCCAUUCAUGCUCCUACCGUUCCGGCCGAACACUGACCCACAAGGCGCCCGCACAUUCAUUCACAACUUCUACAAAUCGAACGCGGAGCGAGGGACACAGUAUCGAGGAGACUCGCUCAAGCAAGAGCUCAGGUUGACAGAUGCUCUGGUGCUCUGCAGUAUUAUCAAGUGGUGCUGGAGUCGCAUGCCCAACGGUGUCGUAUCAUGGCCAGUCUACGAGGGCUUUCGCAUUGGCGAGAAGGAGUCUCAUAUGGCCCGGAAUGCGUUUGACACGUUCGUACCAAUUGGUGCAGACUCGGAAGCUCGCAGAAGCAUCAUUGUGGACUUUUACGACCUGUUGGCCGCAGUAGCAGCCCACGGCAAAGUCAAUGGCUUGGGAGGUCGCAAGUUGUCUCGAAUGGCAGGCUGGUGGGCAUUCGAUCACUCUGACGACGGCAUCGGGUUCGAAGGGGGCUACAAGUCGUGGGAAAAGGCUGCGGACGCCUCCAGUCACCUCUUCUUCGCCUAUCUGCGUUCGCUUUCGCCAGACACAGAUCCGUCAUUGACGGUGAUUGAGCGGAUUCCGCGUUCGUUGCAAGCACUUCUGGCUUCCACGGAAUACCCACCCGAAAAGCCGUCACUGCUGCAACGAUCGACGCCUCGAGUGGUGAUGCUGGUAGACUCAGUCUCGCCUACGCCAUUCGCAUUGCUCCGAAGAGCGAAGAACUUCGAAUAUCGGGAUCGCGACCGUGUGCUACGCGAGUUCGCCGAGUUUGAAGAUCCAGUGGAUGCCCUCACCGACGAGUGCAAACGAGUGUUAUUUGCUGUGUCGAGCGCGAAUGCAUCAACCCACAUCGCACGUUCUAGACAAGGUCUGCCAAAAGCUGACGAGUCGUGGUCCGCAUUCUCGAACAUGGGAUUCUCCGAUAUUGACGAGAAGGCCCUGGAACAAAAGCCUUCUACUGGUGUGAAUGGGUCCUCCACGAAGACGGUUGGCCAAGGCUUACGACAGGAACCUCGCUCCAGGACAGCUGAUGCGGGCCGGCCAACAACGCCGUCGUGGGCCGACUUCUUAUCUGUUGGCUUCUCCGAUGAUGGCACAGCGAAGUCUCCAACCCUGCUUUACCCACCUGCACAGGUACUACCACCUCUCGGAAGUCGGUCAUCGUCUGCUGGUCACCUCGAAGGGAUUGACGAGAAUCUUGCGCCAGGGGAGCUUGCCGCGAUCGCGAAUGUGGAGCUCGACGAUGCCUUUUGGUGGGUGUGGAUGACCAGUCUGGCUGGCGAAGAGCCUGAUCUUCGAAAAGCUGUUUUUGGACGCUGUGCCCUGAUUGAGACGACCAUCUCGAAUGGCGCAUGGCUCAUCAUGGAGGAGCAGGUCAAGGGUGCCUCCCCUGAUCCGACAGAGGGUGUAUACAUCGCACCGAAGAAGAGCCUUUUCAGCUUCACCAAACGUGGCAGACUGGGUCGCAAAGAUCGCUCAUUCGUGAAGAGCCCAAGUACGGAAGCGGCACCGCAACGGAUGUUAUCUGCGACGCCCAGCAAAACGAGCAUUACCACUGAUCAGCACGCCAAGAUCAAGGCAGCGGCAAGGGCUCUUGCACGCAGCCAGCAGAAUACACCUGAACCUGAUGCAGCCCGCCGCGGACGAGUUGAUGACGAGGCCUCGACCAAGACUAACAGUGUGCUCACCCUCGGCAUCUCCUCUGAAGCGGGACCUGCCAUGAAAUGGGCAAGCUCGUAUGACAAGAAAGCUAUUCGCCAGCAGUACUUGGGCGAUAGCCUUGCAGGGAAAGGCAUGUCGCGAGAAGAAUUGGUGCGCAAGGCGUCGAACAACAGCUUGUCACCCAUUACCAGCAAUUUCAAAACUGCGCCACCUCCGGCCUCGCCAGAAGCAGCCCCUGUCUCGCCUGCUCUCCGCAAGGAACCUUCGCGCGAUCUUCCUGCUGUUCCUGCAGAAGCGUCCCCUCAGGCGGUAGCUGAGCGCGUCUUUGGUGCGCCGCUGGCCGACGAUCGUGCCCCCUCGUUGGUACCUUCGACGACUAGCACAGCUGCUCAUGGUACGCAUCAAGAGCAGGAGGCAUCAGCAGCUGCACCACCGGCGCCAGCGCCAGCGGAGAAAUAUGUUGCACCUGUCAGCGCGUUCGACAAAGAAAUCGGUCUCGGUAGCGGCUCCACAUCAAGCUUUACCAGAGUUGGACGAAAGCCAGUGCCGCCAGUCGCCGACCAUCCAGCACACCGAUCAGACAGCACGAGGAAAGCGCAGACUUCUUCACCGAAAUCGAACCCUGCUGCGAUGGCAGCUGCUCGAGCUAUGCACAGCAAGGCUCCACCGAGUUCCGAAAACAAGGCCAAGAAGCAACCUGGAGCUACUGGUGGCUUCAAGAAGUUCUUCGGUAAGAAAAAGGAAGCCGACAACAGAGGAGACUUUUUCGAAGCCCAGCGACCUGGUAGUGAUGGUCUUGUUCCACCAGGGUCUGCCAUUAGCCGAAGAUUGUCUCUGAUGCGCAGGAAUCACGCCAGCUCUCCGCGGGUCAGCGAGAGUACCGUCGAGCGGCCAAUGCAGGACUCGGCUGUCGCGGCUGCCGUCGUAGCAUCCACGCCGAACGUGAACUACUCGCACACGGAGGCUUCCCCUGGUAGCAUUCAUGAGCGUACUCUUGCAGAGGACGAAUUCUCUCGCUUCGAUCAGGGCCCUAUUGACCACACACCAUCAGCCAUACCGCAGGAUAUCAGUAAUCGCCCGUCACCCCUGCCUGAUGAGGGCAACUUCCAGCACCAUUCCCCCGAACGCCAGCACUCGGUGGUCUCGCAGGCUGAUUCUGUCGCUGAUGACCAUGAUCGCUUCGUGGUACCAACGAGCCGGGGAGACCCACACGACGAUCGUCAGUCAGAGACCACCAUGGACGAUCAUCACGAUCCCGUCGUUGUCCAAGAUCGCUGGGCACAAAUCCGUGAGAAUGCGCACAAGAGAGCUGAGCGUGCACGCCACAGCGAAGACACCACAGAACAAAGCCGACCGAGCAGGCUCACCGAUGAUGGCGAAACUAGCGGCGAGGAGACCAUCGAGUCCCGCGUUGCUCGUAUCAAAGCCAGAGUUGCCGAACUUACUGGCAACAUGGAGGGUGCACACCAGCAACGCUGAAUAUGAACCCGGACCCGUCCCGACACUACAUCUCUUGGAGCUCUGCUUCACACGAUACCCAACUCACGUACUUAACCUAAUGUCGAUGUGUUCUGUUUGUUUUUACUACAGCGCGUCACACGUACCAUACAUCGCAGCGUUUAGCGUGUGCAGCGUUUUUCUUCUCCUCGACUGAAGAGAAAUGAUGAUGCCCGAAAUAUUUUCUAUUAUAUCUGUCUGUGCUGGCUGGAUGUGCAUGAUUUAUUUUUUUCUUUUUCGCUUCCGCAAGAGGAGAGAGAGCGAGAGAGAGGGGAAGAGAGAGAGGAGGCAAGGCGAGCAGAGGAGGAGGAGGAGAUGUCCGGGGCUGGGCUGGGCUGGACUGCUGAUUAUUUUUGUUUUGUUGAUACCACCUUAUCGUAGUAGUAGUAGGUAGUCGAAGUCG